GUUGUCGAGAGGCAGCUCGGCGGUGCGGCUGUAAGCGAGGGCGGUGACGACAAUGACGACGCUGGCUCGGUCAGGACCCUGGGCGCUGACACCGUGGCUACUGGAGUGAGUGGAGCCCCGAGGAAGAGGAAGUCAAAGGCCCAGGAUGCCAAGGAGCAGCAGGAGAAAGCUGCCAAGAUUGCUCGUCAGUCAAGGUCGGUUUGCUGCUUUGGCACCUGCGGUAAGAAGUUGACUGCGAGUGACAAGAGGGAGAACAAGAUAUGCUGCCCAGUCCAUUACAAGCCAUGGGCCAUCGGGUACGCGUACAUGACAGAGGAGGAGGCUGGAACGAAAUACGGCGACGAUCCAUCAUUCAGGAAGGCCUUCGACGGCCCCUCGAAGUACAUGGUUGACAACGAGAUCGAGGUAGACAGAUUCUCUCCGAAGCAGGUCGAGGAUAGCUCUGAGCAGAAGGCUUCCUGCCAGCGUAUCCUUGGCUGCUGGACUCGCCCUGAGAUCUUUAACAAGUUGAAAUAUAUGCCAGAACAGCUCGGGUACAAGUGCUUCACGCUGUGGGGCGUGUUCGGCACGCCCACCUUGGGCGUUCUCACAAGCGAUCUUGAAGGAGCCCCUCGGACGUUCACAUUCGAGUUCUCCAAGAUGUUUCUGCAUGACGACUCCAGUCAGCUCGACAAUGGUCGGGGCCCCUCCGCGAGGUUCGAGGCCGACGAGUUCGAGAAAGACGCUGACAUCCUGUCCGUUGGGGCCGAGCAGGCUACACUCCAGAUCACGGGCAGCCUUCCAGAUAUGAUCGAGCAGGGCAGGUUCCCGCCCGAGAGGAGUGCUGAGCUCAAGGAGCUGGUGGAUAUCACCUCUCAGAUGUCCUUCCCGCUGCCGAAGCGAGACUUUUUCUCGAGUUAUGUCGCGCGCAUCCAGCAGGAGAACAGCAUUGGAAGCCACGUCGGCACGAUGAUCACGUGCCUGCGAGCGUUUCCAUGCGACGUUGAGCGCGAGACUCGCGCCGCUGACAUCAAAUCUCUUCAUGCCCAAGUCAAGGCGUACAACGAGUUCGGCGCGCAGUCGUUACCUGAGGACCUGUCAGACAGCAUCGACCAGUUCAUGGUCAAAGUGAUGAUUGCCAUGGGGAGUGGCGAGGACAUGGAUAUGAUUCAGGCCGUGCUCGACUACAUUCGGUUGGUGUGCGAUCUUGGUCUCGAUCUCAUCGCUUUGAAGGGGGAUUUGUCAGAGCAGAUGGCGCAGUUCAAAAUAUGCCUGCCCGAGUUGUCCAACAUCCAAUGGGACCUCGCGGCGGUCGUGGGCUUCAAGAAGCACGGAGCCACGGCGGAGGCCACGUGGCAGAGCAGCAAGGGCAAGUCGGAGCUCGGCCAGUUCGUUGCCGCGAGUGCGGCCAUGACUGAGGCGAGUGCAAAGACCAAGCUGGACUUCUUCACUCGUUGGCGCGCGCAGGUGAAAGAGUUGGCCUUGGAGGUGGCCACAUUUGAUUGCAACUAUCACGCCGAAGACGUCUUGCAGGCAUGCGAGAAACACAUCUCGCACUCCAUCACCACGGGCGUCGAUGAGGGCUUGUGGCACGACGGCCUCAAUGACGCCACGACCCUCGACCAGUACUUGGAGAAGGCCAAGGAGAGCAUCUUCAAGAUCUGUCGGCCCUCGGCGCUCAAGACUGCGAUUGACGUGGUGUCGGUGAAGCUUGCGGCGGCCAAGAAGAGCCGCGAUCUCCACGGCGACAACGACGAGGGCCGCCACGCUGUGGUGGAAGACAUCGCUACCAAGCUUGGUCGUGCCAAGGUGACCCAGGCUGAGUGUCUCAUGCUCGCGUGCUGCAGGGACUUCGCCGACGCCCCGCUGAAGCUCAAGAGGAACAUCAAUAUCCACCUCAGCAACCUCAGCUCCAAGGAGAGCAGUCUCACCCCGAAGAGUUCGAUGCGCAUAUUUGAGGAGAAGGCUGAUGUCAGGCGCAAGACAGAGCCCAAGCAGCCGAUUUGCCCACCGUAG